AUGGUUGGUCCCGUGACCGCGCAAGGCAUCAGCAAAGGGAAUGUAAGCACCCAGAGCGUCAAGCUAAGCUCUGGGUAUGACAUUCCUCAAGUGGCACUCGGCGUUUACAAAGCGCCGAACGACGGCACGACCGAGCAGGCGGUCAAGUGGGCGUUUGACGCUGGCUACCGCCAUAUCGAUUCUGCCUCGCGGUAUAACAAUGAAGAAGCAGUUGGCCGCGCCGUGAAAGAGUGGUGCGCCGCCAACAACGUGCCGCGUGAGCAAAUCUUCAUUACUACCAAGCUGUGGGAUGCGGACCAAAGCUCUGUGACCGCGGCGAUUGACGAGUCACUGCGCAAGUUGGAUAUGAAGUACAUUGACUUGUACUUGAUUCACUCGCCUGAACCUGGCAUUGAGUCAUUCCUCAGCGCUUGGAAGGAAAUGGAGGCCGCCGUGGAUGCUGGUAAGGUUCGAUCGAUUGGCGUUUCCAACUUUGACGAGGAGCAUCUAGAUGCUCUGCUGCCGAAUGCACGUAUCAAGCCCGUCGUGAACCAGAUUGAAUCGCAUCCAUUCUUUGCGCACGAGGUGCUGCGCGAGCAGACGCUUAAGCGUGGCCUACAAAUUGAGGCGUAUUCUCCAAUGGCACAGGGUGCUGCUUUGGACCGUGCCGAGAUUAAGGCAAUUGCUUCCAAGCACGGGAAGACGCCCGCGCAGGUCUUGCUCCGGUGGGGUAUCCAGCUUGGCAACGUGAUUCUGCCCAAGUCACUUACAAAGCACCGCAUUGAAGCGAACGCGCAGCUGUUUGACUUUGUGCUUGACGAGGACGACAUGGAUAUCCUGAACAACCUGGAUGAAGGCUUGAAGAUGGGAAAACUUGGUCCGCCUGGCACCUCGGCUCCUGCAUCGCCUGGUGCUACGCGGCCAGGCUCGCGACGUGGCUCAAGUAACAAUGGAUUGGCUGGCAACAAGUUGCAAAUGAGUAGCAGCUAA